AGUUUAUUCGGCCUAAAAACGUUUCGCGAAAUAUUUACAUACACGAUUAAUUUUGUACACAAAAAUAUCGAUAUAUAUUGAUAUUUUGAUAUAUAUUUUUUCACAUCCCUACUGCACUUGCAACUUUUUCCAUUUGAAACGCAAUAUUUAAUACGAGUAAUGAAUUUUAGCCAACGCCAACCAAAAUGGCACACAAUACCAGCAGUGGCACUAAAUCAAAUCUUCGACUAUCUGCAGCCCCAGGACCGGCGGGCGGCGGCCAGUGCUUGCUAUUCCUGGAGACUUUCCUUCUUUCAGAAACGCUAUUUUAAAAACUUUCGCUUUCAAUUGGAUCUGGCGUGCGAUGAUCAACUGGCCUUCUUUUAUCGCUCCAUGGCCAAUUUGGCAAAGGAACUGAUAGUGGUCUUUGACUUUCACAAUGCAUUUCACAUUCAGAAGAUGCGACGCCUCCUAUACAAAGUGGCACGCUGUGAUAACAUCCGGGGAUUGCGUUUUCAAACCCACAACGUGGGCCUGGUUGCCAUUGGAAAUAUGCAUAGCGAGCACUUGGCGGCCAUAGAACAAUGCUUUGUUGAACCCUUGAAGCUACUCCUCAACCGCAAGCGUCAGUCGUGCCAGCUGCUGGACCUUGGAGCUAUAGAGGCGCUCACCUACUAUGGCCACGACUUCCUCAAGGCCAUGGGAAAGCCCCAGGAACUGUUGCAGCUGACGCUUGCCAGCAUCAAGUACGAUCCUAGUCACUAUCCCAUUCUGUCGCUCGACACUACGCUGCUGCAGAAGUGCGCCGCCCUCCAGGUGCUGUCCCUCGACUACGACACGCUCUCCGACGAGCUGCUGCACACAAUUCAGGUGCUGCCGCUGCGCAAGCUUCUCAUCGCGGUGCACGGCCUGGACAGCGAGGAGCAGCCAGACGUAUCGGAGUCGGCCUGGGCUCAUUUUAGCGCCCACUUUGCGAGCAUUGAGCUGGUGCUGACCCUGGUGUAUGCCUACGAGGCCAUCGAGCUGCUGCAGCACCGCGUCCUGCGCCGCAACAUGCCGAUAACCCACGUGCGACUGCUCUUCUGCGAACUGAUGAACGCCGAGGCUCUCGACUGGAUGUCUAUACACCACAGCGAGACGCUGCGCAGCAUCCAAUACGUGGACUCGGCGUACAAGAACAACGGCUGCGUCGACUACACCCGCCACGGCUAUAUGCGCCAGGAUCCGUUCGUGAUGAUGGCCUGGCGAUGCAAGCGCCUCGAGGAGAUUGUGGUGCACGGCUAUAUGAUGGAUCCGCACAACCUUGUGGGCAUUGCCCGGCUACGCGGACGGCAACUGAAGCGCCUCGAGGUUUCCCUGAUCGACUGGACCAGCGCCGCUUCGCUGAAUGCCUACAAUGAGGAGAUAAGCACCUUGCUGGGACAAGAAUGGUCGCCGAUCGGCCCUGAAAAGCUGCCGCCAUCGCUGGCCUUUGAUCACGAGGUACGCGAUCAGUUUGUGUACGAGAUGCUGCGCCAGGAUCUAAGCCAGUAGUAAGUGGUCGGGAGAGUAACCAAAAAAAAAAAAAAAAGAGAAAGAGAAAGAAAGAAUUGAAAAGUCGUCAAGUGAAGUGAAAGAGGAGGGAAGUGAAAAAGUGAAGGGGAAAAUCAAAAAAACAUGACAAGUGAUCAAGUCGAGCGCAUAGAAAUUAAUUUACAAAUUGCAAAACCUAAUUACGUAGCUAAAACGAAACCCAAAUGAAAAAUAUGUAAGCAAAAACGACAAUUCAACCGUUAUAUACACUAAGUUAUCAAAAUUUUUAUAUGUAAAGAAAACGUUUCUUAAGUUUUUAUUCUCUUCGUAAUCGUAAUCAAAAUUGCAAUUCGUUAGGCCAAAGCGAGCAGUGCUAGGAGCGGAGCAGAAGACUCACCUGAGCACUCCACAAGUCUAUGUAAUAUUAUGUACAGGGGCGACGACGAGAUGAGUUUGUUGAAAUCUGCUAGAGAAACAUCAUUUUAUAAGCAACAACAACUGUGAUUCAAGCAAGGGCGAGGGCAGCCAACCAGUGGGGGGAGUGCAGCAUUGCGACAACCAACUCUCAUACAAAAACAAAAACGACAACCAACAAAUUGUUAAGCGAAUUGUCUAGUUAGCUAAGUUUAAAAAGUAACAAAAGAAGGAACAGAAAGAGUGUGUUGAAAGAUGUUUGUAAAACCAAAACCACGACCAAUGUCAAAUUGUUUGCUCAAAAACUCAAUUGGCACAAAUUGUUAAAGCCUUUGUAGUAGUGUGAAUAAGUACGGAAGCGGGCGCUCAAUUGUGAUAAAAACAACAAACAACACCAAAAGCAAAUGUAACAACCAACGAGAGCUCGAUCCUCGUUCGCUAAGCGCCGCCAUUUGUGUAGUUUAAAGUGAUAUUACCAGCAAAGCAGCAGCAGCAGCAGCAGCAGAUCAGUAUCUAUAAGGAAUAAGCUAUAUAGUGGCUGCUGUGCGUGUGCGUGUGUUUGUGGUACAUGCGUUGGCCAGGGGCAGGGGAUAUGUGAACCCAAUACCAAGUUUUAAGUAUUUCGUAGCACAGGCAUUAAUUUAUACAACUAUGUACUAUAUAUAUUUAACCUAUGUUUGCACAAACAAGAAGCAUCAGCAGCAGUAAGCUCACCGCCGCUGCUCGUCCUCCCAGAGUUGCAAGCCGCCGACCAACAAGUACAACCGACACAACAACAACAACAAUGGUACCUGAAGAUCAUGCUGAGCAUUUAAAAGAAGAAGAACAACAACCACAAAGUACUUGCUCAAAUCUAACAAAAACAAUCGAAAGAAAAAACACAAAAAAUCUACUGAAACAGAAGACUGAACCGAACGAUCGGUUGUCAGAGCAAAGCGGUGGAGGCACUGGGCACUGGGACAAACAAAGAAAAAACAGAAUGCGAUCUCAAUGAUAAAACAACUCUUGCAACUAUCCAAUCGACCAUCUCUAUAUAUUUGUAAUAAUCUAACCAAUCAAUGCAAGUAAUAAUUUUUGUUAUGAACUGCAAUAGCGAAUAUUAAUUUGUAAAAGGAAAACGAGUGCAAAUCAUGUGUAAAGCGAAGCAAUCUAUGAAUGUAUGUCGAGCAGCUAAAGAGCAAAUGUAAUGCCCACGGUCACAGGAAACGUUUAGUGUGUGCUUUCGAUUCGAACGAGAGAGAGAGAGAGAGCCCCCCAUGUUUUCCCUGUGGCCGGGCAAUUAAUUUAAGACUAGUACGUACCAACACAACAACCAACAACACCAAUAACAACAACAAAUGUGAUAAAAGUGUUAUGCUGCUUCCAAGGACAACCAACAACUUUGUGCAAGAAAAACACGAUCCAAGACAGCGCACGAUAGAAGCAAAAGAGAAAGUGUAGUGAGCAUUGGAAUGGCAGGGCCUUAGGGAUUCAGGCUUUCUAUAGCUACAAGACAUCUGAAGAUAUUUCAUUCUGACUGUAUUAUUGGAAUUAUAAUUUUAUUAAUUGUUUUCAGUGAAGAUCUGAAUGAUACUUCUUCCAAAUCAUAAACAAAUAUAUUUGUUUCUUUUUUCAUUUUUAAAGCUAUUAAGCUCGUUUCCUAGGUCGUAAAAGAUGUUUUCCUAAAAAUAAAAGUAUUAUUAAGUGAUUAAGUUAAAAUAGAAAAGAAAACAAAAAUUGUCCUCUAUGUUUGUUUCUACACAAAAUUCAAUCAAGAUGUCUUUUAUCUAUAGAAAAUACAAGAUUUAAGAACAACCCACACUAAAUCGUUAGGCCCCCGAUCAAUGGAGUCAUUCAAUUACAAUCAACGUAAACGAAAAGAGUAUUAAGUUUUUCUGUUAUACUAGAGUCACUUCCAACGCUGCUGUCCUAUGAGUAACGUUCUUUUUGUAUACUUACUACAACAACAACAAAAAAAUAUAUAUAUAUUUUAUAUGCCA